AUCAGAUCGAUAAUCACUACCAUAACCACCACCAUAACCACCUUUAUAUCCAGGUGCUCCUCCAGCCUCUUUGCAGCGUCUUGUUCCACCGCCAGCUCAUCCAGCUUUCAUGUCCAAUCUAUGUCCAACACAUUGCUGCUAAGAUGUCCCAGUAUUCCAACUACUCUCUAUCCGAUCCUCAACCUUCACCAACUAAUGCCAAUGUUUUGAAUUCCAAUCUCCCUAAUCCUGCUUUGGCAUCUGCUAGUCUGAAUCCUAAUGCUACCGCUGGCCUCAACAAUAACAGCAACAGCAAUAACAAUCCUAAUACUCAGAACUACUACCACGAUGACACCUUUUCCAUAUCUCUAAUGAACAAUACCGGUAACAACAACAACAACAACAACAAUAAUAAUAAUAAUAAUAACAAUCCUAGCAAUAUUCACAACAACAAUAAUAGCAACAAUAUCAAUAACACUAAUGGUAACCAACAAAACCACGAGUUUUAUUCCCAGUACAUGCAACAACAACAACAACAAAACUCCUCUAAUCAAAACCAAACAUCUUCAAUUGCAAACAGCUCCAACACCAACAAUAACGAACCCAUGUCUCCAUACCAAACACUGCCCAUCGAGCAUCAUUUGCAACAGCCUCAGAUGCAACCACCCUCUCCCCAACAAAACCAACUACAAUUGCCUGUCCAAGUUCCUGGUGUUCCUCCAGGAGUCCAGGUUCCAAUUCCUGUUCCUGUUCAGGUUCCUAUUCCACAACCACCACCUCCCUCACAAGAACAGCCUUUUUAUGUCAAUGCGAAACAAUAUCAUCGAAUUUUAAAAAGAAGAAUUGCUCGAGCCAAAUUGGAAGAAAAUUUAAAAGUUCAAAGAGGUAGAAGACCUUAUUUACACGAAUCAAGACACAAACAUGCAAUGAGAAGACCAAGAGGUCAAGGUGGGAGAUUCCUAACUGCUGCUGAAAUCAUAGAAAGAGAAAAGCAGAAAAAAUUACAAGAGGAACAAUUGAAAAAAAACAACGAUAAUAAUCUCAAUAUACCUGACAUUUCAAAUCAAAUCUCCAAUAUCACCAACAACGUUAAUAACAAUGUUAAUAAAACCUUGAAUAAUAACAAUAAUAGUAUUAUCAACAGCAAUAGUAUUAUCAACAGCAAUAGUAUUAUCAACAACAAUAGUAUUAUCAACAAUAAUAUUUCUAUAUUAAACCCAAUGAAUAUGCCCAAUAUUAAUGCUCAAAAUAACUUUAAUAAUAACAAUCAAAAUAAUAAUUCGAGUUUCAAUCAAAUUAAUAACGAAAGCGAAGACGUGAUUAUGAAUGAUAUGCCUAAAAUAGCAGAAUUGAAACAUAACUUAAAUCAUAUUAAUAACAUCAGUAACAAUGAAAUUAGAAAAGUUGAUAAAAUCAAUCAAAAUCAAAAUCAAAAUAAAAUUAAAAUUAAAAAUAGCAUUAAUAUACCAGAAAAUAUAACUUUAAAAGUAGAUAAUGAAAAUAUUAAUAUUAAUAUUAACACUAACAAUGAUGAUUUAAAAUUUGAAAAUUCAAUUCAAAAAACUACUCUAGUAAAUGAAACUGUAAAUAAAACAACAGUAAAUAAUCCUUUGGAUCAAAAUUCCCUUAAAGAAUCAGCUGUAGAAUCAGCUGAAAAAAUUGAAAAAGAAACUACUGGGAAUGAAAAUACUGAAAGCGAAAAUACUGAGAACGAAAAUACCAAGAACAAAAAUACUAUUGCAAAAUCAAAUGAAAGCCUGGGAAACCAAUUGGAAGAAGAUUUUGAUAUUCAAAUGAAAGACAAAAUAGAUGAUGAGGCGGUUAGGAGAUUAACUGGGGAGACUGACGAGAAGAGUAAAAACGAUACAGAGAAAUCAAGUCUGGAAAAUACUAAAAAAAGCCAACAGGAAAUUCAACAGGAAGAAAACAAUAAUAAUAAUGAGAAUAAUGAGAAAAUUGAAAAAGUUAAUGAAACAUCAAUUGAAAAUUUCCAUGUAGAUCAAAAAGACAAUAAAGAGGCCGAAAAAAAUGAAAAAAAUGAAAAAAAUACGAAUGGAAAUAGCGAGGAGGCUUUGAAAAGUUCAAAUCUGAAUAAAAAUGAAAACGCAGAAAACAAAACUAAUAAUUUAUCAAGUGUAAAUAAAAACAAUACUGAAGAAAUGGAAAUUGAAGUAGAAGAGGAAAAACUAACGGAAAAUAAAAGUGAGAAUAAAGAAAAAGAUGAGAAUGAAAACAAUAAAGUGAUAACUGAGAGUGAUGAAGAUAAUAGUAGCAAUGAAGUUGAUAGAGUUAACGAAAUUGAUGAAAUUGAAAUUGAAAUUGAAGUUGAUAAUAGUGAGUUAAAUGAUGAAGAGAUUCUACAAAGAGAAACGAUAAACGUCAAUUGAUAAUAAAUUACGUUAAAGAGAUGAAAAUAAUAAACUGAUAUAUAUUUUUAAUUUUUUUUUAAUUUUUGAUUUUAAUUUUUGAUCUUGUUUUAUUUGUGUAAGAUAUAUUAAGUUUCAUAUUCAGGAGAUAAUUUAUUUUCAAUAAAAGUUAUUUUUAGUGAAAUAUUUUAGUGAAAUGUUUGUUUUUAAAAAUGGAAAAAAUGGCAGAAACAAGAGUUUAUUAAAAGUGAGAAAGCUAGUAAAAUUGAUAUAUAAUGUUUACAUUAAUUAACAGUUAGUGAUGAUAUGUUUUCAUUUAAAUCAUUUAAAUUUAUAGUGUUGAGAUUAUUUUGGAAAAAUUGUUUGCCAGUUAAUUUAUCUCUAUGUAAUAAAUCCAAUCUCUUUUGUUCUCUUCGAUCUAAGUUCAUUCUUUUUCUAAAAUCUAAUCUCCAAGCUUGAAAAUUUUCUUUUGUUAUUUUAGUACCCAUAAAUUUUUUAUUUUCUU